UUCAUAACUUCUGAAACCAAGAAUUUCCCUCUCAACGCUUCAUACAAGAGUUCUUUACCUCAGAGCAGGGUGCACAGCAAAGUCUCAGACUGAAGACAGCAAGACUUAUCUUAGUCACGCAGCUUCUGGCUGAGCCCUCUGACUGCAGGUUUAUCUGCUCCGACACACAGCCUCUCACUGGGAGAGUGUCACUUUGGCUCCUUUUUCCUGCUGACUCCCGGCUCCACUCUCGUCUCUCCUCCUUGUGUCACCCGUCUCAAGGAGUUUCUGGUAGAAGCAAGUAAUGGAGGAGACGACAGUUACUGACCAACCAGAACUUUCAGUCAAAAAUGUUUCAACGUCGAUGUGUCAAGAUGAAGAAGUGGAAGUCUUUGACACACAAACGGAUGAUAGCCAGAGGUCAAACGAAUUCCCUGUGACGAUGAGCCCAGUGAUAACUCAGCCGGGUCCUGGCAUCGCUACAGCAACCAUCACCACCGUCACACAAAUGGGGGGAGACUGGAGCACUGGACUUUUUAAUGUCUGUGGAGACAAGACAACAUGUAUUAUUGGGGCCCUGGUGCCGUGCUACUUAGAUCUGAGUUUAGCCCAGCAGUUUGGGGAGUGUCUUUGCAUGCCUCUCCUACCAGGAUCCACUUUUGCCAUCAGAGUUGGAAUCAGGGAGCGUUACAAGAUUCGGGGAAGUGUGUGUGAGGACUGGAGUGCAGUGUAUUGCUGUUACCCUCUGGCUGUAUGUCAAAUGAUAAGAGAGAUGAAGCGCAGGAUGAAGACUCAGACAUAUCAAGUGUCUACAGUGAUGGAAUCAGCCUGAAGAAACUGUUGUCCUUAACUGUGUCCUUUGCUUUAACUUUGCAACACGGAUCAAUGAAGUCAACAGAGAUUAGCAUAAUAUAUCACUGGUACAGGAUUAGAGCCUUUGAAAACAUUUGAUCUAAAAUGUAAAGACUGGGAAUCAAACCGGGUGAAACAAUGGAGCCAAAUGUCCAGGUUUUAAAGCUCCACAGAGUGAUAUAAGAUUUUCAAAUGUGAAGAGAAAAAAAAUCACUGGAAUUUCUGUUUGAAUAUUAAUAGCUUGAAUUAUUUCUCUGAAAGAAAUUAUUUUGUGGUCACAUUUGCAUAUGUAUUAAAAACAGGUGGGAAGAUGAAGGGUUUUCCUUUUUUUUUCAAUUCCAACAGACAUCAAACAAGCACCAAACAGCUGCUAAUUUUUUUUUAAUCAAACACAGAGAAGAAAAGGACAAACAGUUAAACCUGUUUUACAAAAACAAUAGUCCUGUUAUUGUGUUCAUCAUGUCGGCAUGGCAAACUGUAAUCAUCCUUAAAAUGGAUUAAAUAUUACACUCAUCACCAUUAUAAUUCUGUUUUUACUCUCACGACAUUGUUUUCAAAAUCUAAGACUUAUUUGCUACAAAAGAUAAGACUUUACAACUUAAUGGUUCUAAUAAUUUAUUGCCCUUUUUCAGAUUACUUUGAACCUAAUUAGACCUUUUCUUGGCACUUUUUCAGUCAGCAUCUGAACUAACCUUAUCACAUAUUUAACAUUGGGCUUUAAAUUGUCAAAGAAAAUCAAAUGUGACAUAUUUAUCACAAAAUUCAAGAUUACCUUAGAUUUUAAGCUAAUAAAUGGUUAGCAUAUUCUUUUCUAUUACCGUACAUUGCAUAUACAUUUUCAUUAAAAACCUUUUUAUUCUGUCUCUGUGUUCAACACCCAAAGUAUUUAGAUAAAAAGUUAAUUGUCCUGUUUUUUUAAUAAAUAUACAUUUUAUUGUAACUGUUUACAGUAAUAUUUCAUGGCACUGAUCAAGUCAUUUUUUAGGCUGAUUUAUUUUUAAGUACUACAUUUAUUUAAAAAACCCCCAAAUGUAAUAACUGUUACUUUACAGAACCUCAUCAGCAGGUGGUGCAGUUGAACAUUUUCUUACACAAAUGUGAAUGAAAAGGUUCAGUUUCUGGAUUUUGUGCCCAGUUUUGUAGAAAGAAAUUGACUCAUAUGUGUAUAAUGAAAAUACGUAGACACUAACGCCAGUCUGUAUGUUCCCCAAAAGCAGCGUCUUUGACUUUGCAUUGCUUACUUUUUCUCUGACUUCAUUAAAUAAAUUUGUAAAUUUAAAUUU